AUGCUUAUGCACGCACUCGUCGCCACUCUUGGCAUGACUGUUGCCGUCUCCGCCGCACCCCCUCAACUUCGCUCUCUUGCAGCCGACGACGUCGUCAUUCUCCGUACCGAUGGAACCUCUCAGAUCAUGAAGGCUGCCGAAUUCGACGCCCUCGAUGCGGCGACCGUCGCUCCUGCACCUAUCGACUCUUACAACCAAACUAGCGUCCCCGGUAUCUCUCGUCGCGGCUGCGAGGAGAGCACCGAGGUCCAGGUCCUCUCCGACGAAGAGUUCGUCGAUUGGGACGUGGCCAUUUCCCCCGUUGUUGCUUCGAAAGGCAACUCAGUGGGAGUCUCAGUCACACAGGGAUACAAGCUCGCCAACCGCCUCACAGUCAAACACGAAAUCAAGUUCGGCGGCAAGAAGAUCAUCAGUGUUUCCCUGAACAAGAACUUGGAUAUGACCUGGACUACCACGCAGAAGACUUCUCUCAGUUUCAGCGUGCCCGACGGACAGUACGGUGUCGUUGUCAGCCAGCCCUACGUCCGCCGUGUUCAGGGCAAUCUGCUGAGUGGCUGCACUGAUAGCCCCACCGUUGACCCCUUUACGGUCGACACAUAUGAGAGUCAGGCAUAUGACGAUCUGGCUUGGGUCAAGGGCAUCAUUCGUCUCUGCAGCAGCGACACUUACCCAAUUCCUUACUGCAUUGGUGAGGGUCAUCACGAGUAA